AAUUGGCAAAUGAGUAGAGUAAUUGUACUUAGCAAAUCGUUUAUUCGAAACUUUUAUCUCUAAUUAUUGACUAACCAGAAUUAUCUGACAAAUGGCAAAACCAACUCUUUGCGAUGAUAUGAACUGCGUUCAUUAUCAUAUCAAUGACCCAAUUCCAGCGGGAAUAUUAUCUCAUGAAGAAAUGAACAUUUUUAUGAUUCUCUUUCAUAAAAUACAUAGUGCUCUGGAAAAAAAUUACACUCAGGAAAGAAAUCCAAGUUUUAGAGGGGAACCACGAAAAUCUGUGAAAGUUCGAGAAAAAGGGAGAAAGAGGAAUAGCUUCUCAGAUUUACAAUCUCAUACUCCUCAAUUCACUGAGGGUAUUGAUUAUAUUAAACCAAAGAAAAAGAUGGAUUGGUCAGCUUUCGAUGAAAACGUGUCUACUAAGGAUAAUUUUUUCGAACAGGGAAUGGUUUUGGAAAAAAAGCCUUAUAAACAUAAAAGAAAUCAUUCAAAAUCUACUUUUAGGGAUGAGAGAAAAAUAGAAGAUAAUUUAUCUCUACGUACCGAUUUUAUGACGUUAACAUCGUGGUCUUUAGUAGAAUUACCACACGAGCAAUGUGUGGCGGUUGAAGGAUUUAUACUUGAUACUGAAGACAAGGUCAUAAGAUCAGAAGCUAUAAUUAGACGAUGUAAGAGAAGUGAAAUAGGAUAUCGAUUUGGUUUUGAUGAUAAAUCAGAAACUAAUAUAAUAGAGAGUGCUGGAGGUGCUUUUUAUAAACUUACAGGGCAGAUAGAUGAAAAUGAGACAUUAAAAGCUGGAUUCUCGCCAGCUUUGAUCGAUGCUUUCAAGCGGGGCUUUCCGGUAAAUUGGAAAACUCAUAUUGAAGAACAUUUCAUAAUGAGAAAGAAAUGGAAUUAGAACAUAAUAACGAGAUUAUAAGAUUUUUCUAUUUUCAUAUUUAACUUAUAUGAAGUUGCUAUUUUCAAAUUGCUACGAUUAUCUAUGUUUUUUUUUCCCUCAUGCAUCUCUUUGAUUUAAGCGUUCUUUCCAAAUAAAACAGAAAACAAAAUUUAUCUAAUUAAGC